UUUAUAAGAAUACAUCAAGGGCCACAUCACUCAGGUUUCGAAUACAUUGUUAUUUAAUUUUAAAUUUUAGUAUACUAAUGUGUGUGUAAUUUAAAUAUAUUUUUCGUCAAUUUGUUCAAACGACAUAGUGAUUAGUGAUAAUAUGAUAUACAAUUUGACAGCCGUAGUAAUAGAACAGCACAGAAAAUACGUAAACAAAAUGGAAACGUCACCUUACUUUGUUGUGAUUAAUUGAAUUGGAUAUUUCUCAUAACAAUCGCCUUUUAGAUCUAAUCAAAACCCAUUAAUGUUCGGUGUGUGUUGUGCUAAGUGCGAUUUCGUGUCUAAUGCGUCGUCAACAUGAAUUGGUUCGAUACUUCGGGUCUGACGAGUCUCGCUAAGACUGCUUUGAAAGAAGCACAGAAAACUAUCGACAAAGCGCUGGAUAUCCAGGACGAGAGCGGCGACGAGGAGGAGGAGGUCGUUCCAGCACAAAGUGAGCCGAAAAAGGCUGUGACGACCGCUAACACUCCUCAGAAAGACAGUGAUUUCUUUGCAUCCUGGGGCCUGACGGUCAGCGCUGAAAGUAAAGACGGAGCUGUCAAGGAGCAGCCCGUGGUCACCGAAAGCCCUUCCAAAUCUAAUUCGCAAAGUCUGUGGGGCUCAUUCGCCGGCUCCUUCUUCGAACAAUCGCGACAGGAUGACGCUAUAGUACGACCUCCGAAAGCUAAGUCUAUGAAUGUAAUUUCUGACGCUAAAUACGGCAGUCAGGAUGAUUUGUUCUCAAAGAGUCAAUUGGUUAUGUCAGACACAGAUGCUGGCGAGUUCAAAGUUAAAAAAGAUGACCCAAAAGUUGAUGAAAGGAGAGGGUCAUCUCGAUCCAAUGUUCUGUCUCUGAUGUCGAGUAGAAAUAGUUCAGAUUCUGUAGAAGUAUUAUCACAUAGCCUUAAAACAACACCAGAUUCUGAAGCGUCUGUGCAUUCCCUGUCAAGUAGUAGCACUGGGCAAAAAGCAAAUUCAGAAUCGGUGGAAAUAUUACCUGACAGUUUGAUUAGCCCAAGUUCAAUAGAAUGUCUUGGUUUUGACAGUUAUUGCAGUGACAAGAACAGCAGUGUGUCAUCUAAUAUGUCUCCUGAUGUGAGUGAUAAAAAAUCUACUCCAAUAGGAGACAGAACUGAGAAAGCUGAGACCGGUGACAGUGUCAGCCUGGUUGCUGAUGAUGAUGAAGAUACAAUAUCAUACAAUUCAAUCUCGGAAUGUACAGCACCCACAGUUUUGGACACAGAUGAUAAACCUAUCAGUCCGUUUUUGAAGAAAGAACAUAAGAAAAUUACAGAGAAAGAAUACUUAAAUUUAGAACAGACAGUGCUACAGCAGAAGAUGCAUAUCAGUGAGAACUCUUCAAAUGAUGGCUCCUGGUCUGAUCGCACACUUAAUGCCGACAAUGACAGCAUUAAUCUUGAAAAUGUAGAAGAGCAGAAAAAAGAAGAGCAUGAAGAUGUCCUAAUAGAGAAAUUAAGUGACUCAUCCUCUUUUUACAAUGUUAAUGUGUCAGCAGACAUGACCAGGUCUGAGAGCUUCAUUAAUGUUGAGAAGCAGCAGUGUAGUGCAUCACACAGCAGUGGCUCAUCACAGAAAGACAGCAGCAUCAAAGAAAGGACAUCACCAAACAGUUCUGACAGCAAAAGUGAUUUAAUCAAAGUUGGUUCAGACCGCACUUCAGGCCAUACUUCUGGAGAUGAGCUUGAAACUGCUACAUCUUCAGACAUAGAGAUAAUACCAAGUCCAAAUGGUGAUAAUGGAUUCAGGAACAGUCCAGCUAAAUAUGCAUUUAAACAAGGCAAGUUCGAUGGAACUACAUCUCCUAACCUUGUCGAUUUAGUUUUAGGGAAAUCUUUAGCAACCAAAAUAAGGGGACAUAACCGAGAGCUGUCUGAAGCAUCUGUGCAAAGCAAUACUAGUGAUGAGAGCCAGGGUUCUGAAAAUGACAGGCUAUUGAGGAGACUAUGUGAAAUGGCAGAGGUUCUAGAGGCCAGGGAGAACAGACUCUUGGAGGUCAACAGGAGUAAUGCGGAGCUAGUUGAAUGCAAUGUCAAUUUAAAGAACCAAGUGGAGACAUUGAUGGCCAAGCAUGAGGGAGGGGAUAUCAACACUAUUACGGAGGAUUACACUCAACGGAUGUCGGCACUUGAGAAGAAGUUCCAGCAGGCAAUUAGAGAUAAGGAUCAAUUAAGAAAACAGCUAGACAAUUUGAAAUCGGAGUCAUCGGUGCGCAAGAACUCCUCGGAACUGGAGAGCGCGCUCAAGGAGAAAGAUGAGGUGAUAGCUCAACUCCAGGAGGAGGGUGAGAAGCUGGCGAAGCAGCAGCUGCAGCACUCCAACAUCAUCAAGAAGCUGCGAGCCAAAGAGAAAGAUAAUGAACAGGUUAUCAAGGGUUUGAGAGAUAAAAUAGCGGAACAGACAGCAGAACUGGACAGGCUAAAGAGGUCCAUGGCUGCCAAGGAGGAAUUGGAAGUGAACCAGAUAGAGGCAGUGUACCGACUCACCACGGCCAACAAGAAAUUAGAGACAGAUCUGGCUGAGACUAAAAGCGCCUUAGACGACACGAACCAGCGCCUGGAGAGCUCCCGCACGUCGCUCGAGGCGGCUCGCAAGGAGCUCAACGAACUACAACGCAACAGCGCCGAGCUGCAGCGGCGCAGGAACGUACAGCCGCGGUUGGAGGAGGAGAAGCGGCUCCUGGACGAAGAGUGCGCCAGGCUGAGGAGUGAGCUGCAGCAGCUCCGGGCAGAUAUGGUUAAUGAGGAGAAGCGGUGGCUGUCGCGUGAGGAGGUGCUGCGGCGCGAGCUGCGCGAGUCGCGCGAGCUGUGCUCGUCGCUGGAGGCGGGCGCGGCGGGCGGGGCGGGCGGCGGCGGGGGAGGUGCGGAGGAGCCGAGCGCGGCGGGCGUGCUGGCGCAGCUCGCGCAGCUGCAGCGCGCCGCGCUCCACCGCGAGCACGCGCACCACGCCGCGCUCCGCACCAGGGCGCUGCACACCGCGGAACUGGAGAGGUCACUUGCGAAAGCGGUCGAACGCGAGAGGAUAUCCCGCGAGGAGUGUCAAACGCUCCAGGAGAGGCUGGCGGCAGCGGAGGGACUACUGCGGGAUUCGCAGUUCAACCUCGGCACCGUCACCGAGCAGUGUCAACAGUACCUCGACAAAACUACCGCAUUGGAGCAACAGCUCACUAGCAAAACGUCAGAGGUAGAGAGCCUGCAGGCGGAGAUUGUAACGCUUCAGCAGCGACUGCAAGAAACAGAGCAACAGCUGGCGGCAGAAAAGAGCUCGCUCGAGAUAGAGAAGAAACGGAAUGCUAUACUACAGGAGCAGUUGUCGGUACGAGGCGACGUGUCUCCCCCGCAUUCGCUCGCUUCCGACACACUGUCGGCAUCGUUAUGGCAAUCGGAGGAAGGUGCCCCGUCGGAUCUGACCGCAGCGGGCGGAGCCACCGCACUCGCGGCACUCGCGGCGCGGCGCGAGGGAGAGGCGCGCGCGCUCGCGGCCCAGCGCGACCUCCUCGCCGCGCAGCGGGACGCGCUGCGGGACAGGAACGCCGCGCUCACGCAUGCGCUCGACGAGCACCAGGUACACAUGCGCAGACACACACACACACACACACACACACACACACGGCGCGGCGCGAGGGAGAGGCGCGCGCGCUCGCGGCCCAGCGCGACCUCCUCGCCGCGCAGCGGGACGCGCUGCGGGACAGGAACGCCGCGCUCACGCAUGCGCUCGACGAGCACCAGGUACACAUGCGCAGACACACACACACACACACACACACACACACGGCGCGGCGCGAGGGAGGCGCGCGCGCUCAUGCUAGCGCGACCUCCUCCCCACCGCAGCUGGACGCGCUGCCAGGACAGGAACGCCGCUCACGGAGAGGCGCGCGCGCUCGCGGCCCAGCGCGACCUCCUCGCCGCGCAGCGGGACGCGCUGCGGGACAGGAACGCCGCGCUCACGCAUGCGCUCGACGAGCACCAGGUACACAUGCGCAGACACACACACACACACACACACACACACACGGCGCGGCGCGAGGGAGAGGCGCGCGCGCUCGCGGCCAGCGCGACAACCUCGCCGCGCAGCGGGACGCGCUGCGGGACAGGAACGCCGCGCUCACGCAUGCGCUCGACGAGCACCAGUCGUCACAGUAAUACGCGCUCGAGUCGGCUCUCGCGGGCCGGACCGGCGCGUCCACACGCUCGGACCGUCGCGCCGACCGAGCCGGGAGUCGCGGCCAUCCAACGCUUCGGUGGCGCGGUCAGUGAAGGUCACGGUGCAGGCGGCACGGACGGCGCCGCCACACUUGCCGGUGAGGACGCCCGCUCCCUCGCGCCGGUGCACGUGCGUCGAGCGGGCGUCGAGUAA